GCUGCGUGAACCAGAGCAUCAAGGUCCAACCACUGGCUCUUUGAAUGUAGACAAAUAAUCAGUGGUCUUAAUGCCUUGAGAAGCAAGCAGCUUACUCUGUAAGUAUCAUCGAUCAAGCCAACAGCGCAGUUGAAGUGGCCCCAAAGAUAAACUGUUACUAUAGGGACAGUGUUUCGAACCGCCUUGAACUGAGAUGACGCAGAUCUCGCAUUUGAGAAGAAGUGAAUAACACCAGGCACACAAAUCUCACUUUGCAUGUCAACAACCUUUUUCUUUACUGCGAGUCGGUGUUAUUCCCGUCUCUGUAAUCUUCUCUGAUCACCAGUUUUCAUCCUCAUCCUCAUCUACCUUCAUCGAUUUGUCAACCCUAAACAUCCUACCAAGCUUGUCACGUCUCGUCGCACCGACUCAAGCUUGAUAUCACCAAUCAAGAUGCCCCCAAUAACAGUCAGCCAGGAAGAGCAGCCCCACGAUGAAUUUCUCCAAGAACGCUUUGGGAAGCUGUUCGACAUCAGCAACGAGGCGCUUGUCGAGCUCGCCCUCAGCGUCCGCAGCAAAUACAUCACCAACACCCAGGCCACUGCCAAAGUCCUCGAGCACUGGAUCGGCACCUACAACCUCAUCCACGUCAUCGGAUUCAGCGACGGGCUCAAGUACGUGAUCCGCGUGCCGGCAAGCGCCCGCCACAGGCAGAUGUCCGAGGCGGCGCAGCGAGCCCUGGUCAGCCAGGCGCGGAUGAUGCGAUUCAUCAAGAAACGAACCAUGAUCCCGAUGCCUGAUGUCUUCGACUUCGACGCCGGAUUCGCCAACCCGCUCCAGACGCCCUACAUCGUGCUGAGCUACAUCCCGGGACGCAUGGUGGCGGAGGCGUGGUUCGACCGGUCCGGCCCCGUGCAGCUCGAGGAGAAACGGCUGCGGAUCCUGGACAGCGUGGCCGAGGCGAUGGCGCAGCUGCGCGGGUUCCAGUUCGACCAGAUCGGGUCGCUCGACGUGGCGGACGAGCGGAUGGGCCAGCUCAACCCGAUGGCGCCCUGCUACGGCUGGGAGGAGAACUACCAGGACGACGGCGGCCACGUCUUCCACGUGCAGCAGUGCGGGCCCUUCGCGUCCUCGGCCGCGUACCUGCGCCACCGGCUGCAGCGCGUCACGCAGUGGACGGAGACGGCCAGCGAUCGGGGCUGCCGCGUGCUGCUCGACCUGAUGAUCGACUGCCUGCCGCGCUCGACCCGCCGCCGCAGCGACCCCCACGAGUCGUUCGUGCUCAGCGUCCCCGACCUCAGCGCCAAAAACGUGCUCGUCGAUGACCAGGGGGCCGUCACCGGCUUCGUCGACUGGGACGGCGCCCACACCAUGCCGCGCUACCUGGGCUACUCCAGCUUCCCCGGCUGGAUCACCACCGACCUCAACCCGCUGCACUUCAUCUGGUCCGAGGACCACGAGGAACCCCCCGAGCUGCUCAAGCAGUACCGGCUGCUGUACACUCGCAAGAUGCAGGCCCUGCUGCGGGGCUCCGGCGACGCCAAGUUCGUCCACAAGUCCCACAUCUACGGGGCGAUGCACCUGGCCGUCUGCUCCCUACGUCCUCGCCUGGAGAUCGUCACCACCCUCGUCGCGAAGGCGUUCCCGACCAACACUGAGGUGGCGAUGAAUCUGAUCCUGUUGGCGGGGGAGGGCAGAUUGUCGACGCGUGAUAAGGAUCUGUUGACCAGAGGGUUCCAGCUGUUGUUCUCGGUCUCGUACUGACUUGCUGGGGGUUGGUUUGCGUGACAUGGCGGUGGAUCGAAAACGAUAUGGAGGGAAUGCAAGAUGUUCUAUGAAGGUGGCCAGCAUGUAUCUGACAGGACUUCUGGGUGGUAUGUCCCUGACUUCAUG